AUGCUUCCUCGCAAGAAAAUGAAACUGAGCGAUGGCAAGGCUGGCGACUGCACCAAACAGACGAGCAUCAGCGACCCUGUGGUUACAACCGAUCCAGAAGCAGGAGCAUCGCGCAAGUUCAGGAUGCGCAAAGGAUGUCUGAAAGACAUACCCAGCUUUGCGGUGGAACUUCAACUUGAGAUCUUCGGUUACCUACAACCACAGGAUCUCUUCAAUCUCUCGCGAACGUGCAAGGCCUUUCAUUCGUUCUUCUUGCAUCGUAGCAAUGAACGUCUUUGGGAAGCCUCCCUAAAGAACGACGAGGACCUGCCUCCGAGACCGCCAUGGAUCAGUAUACCGGCAUUCAUUCAUUUGCUCUACUCACCCUAUUGCCACAAUUGCGCUGGCCCCAACGUUCGCAAAGCUGCUUGGCUGUGGUUUGCUCGGUAUUGUUCCCACUGUCUGCCACAGGUGUCUUGCUCCGCUCAAACCGUACACGAAAAGCUUCAGCGCGCGGACACCGUUUUGCAGGAGCAGUUCAGGUACCAGCCUGAGUGCUUCUUGCACGGAAUCGACGAGGAGCGUCCGAAGGUCCCACAGCGAGGCGGUUACAAUUACAAUUAUCAUCGUCAGCAGCAGAAGCGAUACUUUUCUCGACACGUGGACCAGUUGAUCGACAAGUGGAAAGCCUUACCCGAGCGCAAGGACCGUGAUGUCCUGAAGGCUUUCCUCUCCGAACGGAGUGCUGAGCUUCGUGUGCAGGAGAGGUACGCUCGGGAUUGUGAGAAGUGGUACGAAGAGCGAAGGCAGGAUCGGAAGGACGAACUUCAGGACGUACGAGAACAGCGGUUUGACGCGAUUCUCAGACUACUCGAAGAGACGGGUUGGAAGAAGGAGCUAGACUAUCUCGGCGAAGACGGACUCCAGAAAAUGUCUCGUUUACCGGUAGUCAGGCAGUCUACGAAGCUUACGGACAAGGGAUGGGAAAAGGUGCAAGAUGCACUCGACGACUUUUUGAACGACACCCGUGCUCAACGGCUGAAGGAAGAGAAGGACCGGAUCGUCAAGGAACGCUUCGCUGAACUGGAUGCCGCCAUUGUCGCAUACUGCGUCACGCUCCCGCGCAACGCAACGAUGAACUGCCGCCCGCUGGCGUUUGACCUUGCGCCCAUGAAAGAGCUGGAACGCCUCGCUAACGCCCCAGUCUCGAAGAACGUUACACGGGAGAGCUUCGCGUCCAUCGUCCCGAAGCUCGUUGACAAGUGGUUUGCGAAGCAAAAGGCCGAUUUCGAAUCACUCCUUCGCCCUCUCGUCAAGUGCGACCGUGUCCCUCUGGGUGUGGACAUUCUGGAUCUUGCAAUCGCCGUUUUCUACUUGGGGGGUUCCAACGAACCCCCCUCGUCGAGGCUUCGUUACCCUUAUAUCCUCGCUCAGUCGCAGUUCCGGUGGUCCUAUGGCAGCGAGGACUUGCCUUCUGGCCACUAUGCCCGACAUGUAGCUGAUCGUUAUAAUAUACCCUUCACGGUCAGCGUGAUCGAUAAGAACAAGGUUGAGCGGGGCAUCAAGUGGAUGCGAUCCAUACUCACGGCGCUGGGCCUCGAUCCCGACCGGACUACAUUCGCCGAGCUGGAGAAGUGCGAAGGACGACUUCGGUGCGCGAAGUGCAAGUCCGACAGGCGUCCGGACGUCGUCUAUGCCUGGGAAGCCGCGUUCGUGCAUACGGCGUCGAGCAACUCAGGAAAGAAGACGUCUUACCAUAACCGCUGGGUCCGGGUUAAAGCAGCGGAUAUGGCUCGCGUGAAGGAGCUCGAGGCGACCGCGCAUGAAAUGUCGUUUAACAGGGAACGCUCGGCUUGGUGCUGCAGCCUUUGUCUUGAGGAUUGGUGGUCAGGGAAGGGAAACGAGAUUCCCCAGCAUCUUGCGCAACAGCAUCAGAUUGAAGACUGUCGUCGUGCCAUCGAGGAUGGUACUGUCUACCUCAAUCCCAAGUGCUAUGCACUCAGGAAGCCGCCUGUCACCUUACCUCCGUAAUCAGGCGACACGUCUACUGGCUCAAGUACCCUUGAACGCUAUCAAGACCCGGUGGCAUCGAGUCGAGUCAUCUCCCAGAUGAGCAUUGCAACGAUCGGUAGUUCUACAUACAUGUGACUUCU